AUGAGUGAUAACCCUUAUGAACUAAAGCCUCCUCAGCUAUCGACCCAACGUGCAAAUAACACUCCAUCAACAAAAUAUUGUCAACAAUCAAUUGAACAGACAGCGGCAGAUUUCCAAACAGACAUCAAAGUAGGAUUGACCAACAGUCAAGACGUGUUGAAUAGAAGAUCUAUCCAUGGUGUCAAUGAAUUAUCUAGUGAUGAAGAAGAAAGUCUAGUGUGGAAGUUUAUAUCCUCAUUUUAUCAAGAUCCUUUGAUUUUAUUAUUGAUUGGUUCCGCAGUGAUUAGUGUUUGGAUGGGUAAUAAAGACGAUGCCAUAUCCAUCACUUUAGCUAUAACCAUUGUUGUUACUGUGGGGUUUGUUCAAGAAUAUAGAUCGGAAAAAUCUUUGGAAGCCUUAAAUAAAUUAGUCCCUGCUGAAGCAAAAUUAACUAGAAAUGGAAGUACUUCUGCAGUCUUGGCUUCUACUUUGGUUCCAGGUGAUUUGGUCCAUUUUUCUCAAGGGGAUAGAAUCCCUGCUGAUGUCAGAUUAACCGAUGCCGUUCAUUUAAGUAUUGAUGAAAGUAACUUGACUGGUGAAAAUAGACCAGUCAACAAGAACACUGAUCCGAUAACUGCCGCUGACCCAGCAGUUACUGAAAGAUCCAACAUUGCAUUUAUGGGUACUUUGGUCAGAGAUGGUCAUGGUAGUGGUAUUGUUGUUGCCACUUCUAGCCAAACUGUCUUUGGGACUGUUUUUGAAAUGAUGAGUGAUAUUGAAAAACCAAAAACUCCUUUACAACAAGCUAUGGAUAAAUUGGGUAAAGAUUUGUCAGUUUUCAGUUUUAUUGUUAUUGGGAUCAUUUGUCUUAUUGGUAUUUUCCAAGGUCGUUCCUGGUUGGAUAUGUUUCAAAUUUCUGUGUCCUUGGCUGUUGCUGCUAUUCCAGAAGGUUUGCCUAUUAUUGUUACUGUCACUUUGGCCUUGGGAGUUUUGCGUAUGGCUAGACAAAAGGCUAUUGUUAGAAGAUUACCAAGUGUUGAAACUUUGGGUUCUGUUAAUGUCAUUUGUUCAGAUAAAACCGGUACUUUAACUCAAAACCAUAUGACUGUUACCAAAAUGUGGACUGCUGAUUUCAAGGGAAGUUUCAACUCCCCAUUUUUGGUUGUGGAAAGAUUGGAUGAUAACACUUUACAUCAUCAAUUGACUUCAAACAUGCGUAAAGUUUUAGAAUGUGCUAAUAUCUGUAACAAUGCUAGAUACUCAUCAGAAAAUGAAAAAUAUGUUGGUAACCCAAGUGAUAUUGCCCUUGUUGAAUGUUUACCACAUUUUGGUUUAGAAGAUAUUAGAGGUCAACGUGAAAGAUUUUACGAACUUCCUUUUUCUUCUUCUCGUAAAUAUAUGGCUGUUUCUGUUCAUACUGGUGAUAUUGAAAAAUCUGAAUCUUUUGCCAAAGGUGCUACUGAAAGGAUUUUGGACAUUUGUGAUCGUUAUUAUGAUGAAAAUGGGAACGUUAAGCCUAUAACUGAAGCUGUUGCCGAUUCCAUUCAUGAAAAGUCUCGUGCCUUGGCUAGUGAUGGUUUGAGAGUAUUGGGUUUUGCAAAGAACAAUAAAAAAUUCGAUGAAAAAGUUACUACUCCAAGUAAUUUUAUCUUUACUGGGUUAAUUGGUAUGAAAGAUCCUCCAAGACCAAAUGUUGGCAAGUCCAUUACUAGAUUGAUGCAAGGUGGGGUUCAUGUUAUUAUGAUUACUGGUGAUUCUCCAACCACUGCAAUGAAUAUUGCUAAACAAAUUGGUAUGCCUGUUGUUGGUGAUCAUUCUGUCAUGACAGGUGAUCAAAUUGAUUCCUUAACUGAAGAUGCUCUUACUAGUGCUAUUCAUGAUGUUUCUGUGUUUGCCAGAACCACUCCUGAACACAAGGUUACCAUUGUUAAAGCGUUACAAAGAAGAGGUGAUAUUGUUGCCAUGACUGGUGAUGGUGUUAACGAUGCACCAGCAUUGAAAUUGGCUGAUAUUGGUAUUGCGAUGGGUAAAAAUGGUACUGAUGUUGCCAAAGAAGCUGCUGAUAUGGUUUUAACUGACGAUGAUUUUUCUACUAUUCUUAGUGCUAUUGAAGAAGGUAAAGGUAUUUUCAAUAACAUUCAAAAUUUCAUUACAUUCCAAUUGAGUACCAGUAUAGCGGCCUUGACUUUGAUUGCUUUAUCUACAUUUUUUGGAUUACCAAACCCAUUGAAUGCUAUGCAAAUCUUGUGGAUCAAUAUCUUGAUGGAUGGUCCACCAGCUCAAUCCCUUGGUGUUGAACCAGUUGAUCAUGAAGUGAUGAAAAAGCCACCUAGAAAGCGUAAUGAUGAAAUUCUUACUGCACAAGUGAUCAAGAGAGUAUUACAAUCAGCUAUCAUAAUUAUUCUUGGUACCAUGUAUGUAUUUAUUAAAGAAAUGACUGAUGGUAAGAUUACUGCAAGAGAUACCACCAUGACUUUCACUUGUUUUGUGUUGUAUGAUAUGUUCAAUGCAUUGGCAUGUCGUCAUCAUUCCAGACUGAUUUUUGAAUUGGGUAUUACUAAUCAAAUGUUUAAUUUUGCAGUUCUUGGUUCAUUAAUUGGUCAAUUUUGUGCUGUUUAUGUACCAUUUUUCCAAAGCAUUUUCCAAACUGAAGCAUUAAGUUUUAGUGAUAUUUUACAUUUGGUCAUAUUAACCAGUUCUGUGUUUAUUGUUGAUGAAAUUAGAAAAUGGUACUUCAAGAGGAAGACUAUUUAUACUAAUAAUUAUACAUAUGGAGUAUAA